CGUCUGACGUCAUUUGCACGCACCGGCAGCAACGGCACACAAACGUGGAGUAAAAGGAUCGAAAACGCAGUCUGUUUUGAUCGUUAUAUUUCGUAUUAAUUCUCUUUUUAGCCCGAUAUGGAUGAUGAGGAAGAGACUUACAGGCUGUGGAAAAUUAGAAAAACUAUAAUGCAGCUCUGUCACGAUCGUGGAUAUUUAGUGACGCAGGAUGAACUGGAUCAGACUCUCGACGAGUUCAGAAGCCAGUUUGGAGACAAACCCAGCGAGGGUCGACCACGACGGACCGAUCUCACGGUCCUGGUCGCCCAUAACGACGAUCCGACCGAUCAGAUGUUUGUGUUCUUCCCGGAGGAACCGAAGGUGGGCAUCAAAACCAUCAAGAUGUAUUGCCAACGUAUGCAAGAAGAAAACAUCACCCGGGCCAUCAUUGUAGUCCAGAUGGGCAUGACGCCCUCCGCCAAACAGUCUCUGGUAGACAUGGCGCCGAAGUACAUACUCGAGCAGUUUCUCCAACAAGAGCUUCUCAUCAACAUUACUGAACACGAGCUUGUUCCAGAGCACAUAGUGAUGACUAAAGAGGAAGUGACCGAGUUGUUGGCACGAUAUAAACUAAAGGAAAGCCAGCUUCCCAGAAUUCAAGCUGGGGAUCCCGUUGCCCGUUACUUCGGCUUGAAGAGAGGCCAGGUUGUUAAGAUCAUCAGACCGAGUGAAACUGCUGGACGGUACAUCACAUACAGACUGGUCCAGUAAUGCCUAUGAGGUUCUACAUUUUCUGCAACUGCUGAGCGUGAACAUGGUCUGAAUUUAGUCUUUUUUUAAAAAUGUUUCCUUUUUUUUAAACUAAUAAAUGAGAUUCUGUUA